AACCAAGGGAGGUGGGGGGGAGGGAGUAGGGAGUAGGACAGAGAAAGUAAGCUGCAGCCGGUUACACGUAGUGGGACUUCUCUAACUGGGGGAGGCACGAUAAAGAUUUUUCUAUAACACGGAGAUACUGGGGAAGGAGCGGGACGCACUGUCUGCACACAGAUGUCCUAAAAUGGACAACCUAUGUACUGAUCCCUGACAGAAUGCCUGUCUAUUCCCUCAAUUUGAAAGUAUUCUGGCUGCUGAUCGCCUUCCUAUUUACAGGCAUAUGGUGCUUGUUUGUGGCUUGGAGGAGAGAUGGCGCGGCUCAAGAGGAGGGCAGCUGCCCGGAAAAUGGAUUCAACCACUUACAAGUGGGGUUUAAGUUUUGCCUGCUGUUCCUACUCUGUUACAUCAUCCUGAGGUGGUGCAGCUCCGUCCCCCGCCGCCACUAUGGUCCCCCCUGCAGCCUGGAUGGGCACCACCAUCAGCAACAGCACCGGAGAAACCUGCUGGAAACCUACUAUGAGCAGCACAUCAGGCUCUCCCCCCAUGUCCUGGGGCAUAGCAAGGCACAUGUCAGCCAGAUUGUGGGGGAGUUGAUUAAGGUGGGCAAAGCCAAGCAGCAUGAUGGCAGUGUCACAUUCAGAGGAGACUUUGUGCAAGUGGGCAGCGCUUAUGAGCAGCACAAAAUUAACAGCCCAGAUUGCUUUGACAUCCUAGUUCCCCUCAAGAUACCUCAAAGUCUUAAGUUAGAACCCCUUUUUAAAGAACACAACAAGGAGUCCGUUGAACCCAUUUUGCACUGCGGUGUCAUGUGCCAGGUGGCGGCACCCAAAAAGUCUGAGUGGGCGAAAACCUACAAGCAUUUCGGUGAAUGCUUCUGUGCAGAGAUAGGCCAAAAGCAUCAACUAUCAUCGGCUCUAGUGCUAAAGUGGUUCCACUGGAAGAUACAAAGGUGUCUUAAUGUCAUCAGGUACCAUUUUGAGGAAAGGUGCCACAUCACACUGUGUGUGUGUGAGGAAAAACUCAUCCUUAAAAUUCUGCCCAGAUCAGAUUACGUGUGUUGCCACAUUUCUAUGUCUGUAAGGCUUAUCCCUGCUUUUCAUCUGGGGGACUCUGUAUUCCUGACCGCCCAACCCUGGAAUAAAGCAUUCAAUCAGGAUUCUAUAAACCUGGAUAACUACUGGGGCAUCAACUUCUCUAAACAAGAGCAAAGGUUUAUGAGCUGGUUCAAGGAUCAAGCACCAGCAAACUCCUGCCAUCUGAAGUGCUUGCAGAUUAUGAAGGGCCUAAGAGAUCUAAAUGGGAAAACAUUGAGGCCGUUUGUUUGCACUCAGUGGAAAGCCAUUCUCUCUUCUUAUGUUUUGAAGACUGCACUUUUCUACCUUCUUCUUAAAAUCCCUGUGGAAAAGUGGGAUGGUUCCUUACUCAUGGAGAGAAUGGAGGAUCUUGUUUUGUUCUUGAAGGAAUGCUUGCAGAAACAAAGGCUGAUGCACUUCUUUCUGGGAAAUAUUAACAUCCCAAGCUUUAUCUCUCUUCCAAAAAUGUUCAAAGAAGCCCAACCAGUUAACUUGUUAGAGGGUUAUGGCCCUGAUAUUUUGGACCACACUUCUUUCCAGCUUCUUAACUUGUGGAUUCAAAUGCCUCACAUUCUAAGGAUAAAUCCCAGCCCUAGAAAUAUACCCAGAGAGCUACCCCGAUGCAAACAUGCAGUCUUUAAUUAGCUAAUCAGUGAUAGAAGGCCUACCAGGCACUGCUGCAACCCAUUCUGUCACUGACUGAUAAAGCUUGGUGUAUCUCUCAUGAUUCAAAAAUGUCACAUGAUCAGUUUUUGGUUUAGGAAGAUCUAGUUCAAGCUGCCAACAAGUGCGAAAAUGCAUACAAGAGGAAAAUACAGCACAGAUUUCCAGUGCUACCCUGCAGCAUGUAUUUUUAAAUUUUGUUCCAGGUUUAGUUGUUAUGCUUUUUUGUACUAAUACCUUUCAAUUGCAGGAAAUGCCAUUGCAUGAUUUGAUGAGGCAGUAAACUGAUUAAAUAUGCGCUGAUCUUUGGUCAAACAAUUCAAUAAAUGUCACCUAAUCUGUA